CGGUAAGGUGCGGUGACGUCAUCACCUGACCUCACAAAGAUGGCGGCAGCCAUGAUCGGGUACAGUCGGUUCGCUUCCGUUUCUAGAAAACUGGGAAGUUAUUUGUUCAAAUCGGUUUUUGUCGCCCAGGCGGCGACGUACGGCGUCAAAAUGGACUCUGCGGGGCCAGCUAAGUUGGAGUUUGCGGUGCAGAUGACAUGUGAGAGCUGUGCGGAUAAAGUCAGAGCUGCUUUAGAGGGUAAACCAGGAGUGCAGUCGGUCAGUGUGGACGUCAGUAAGGAGGCGGUGUUGGUGGAAUCUGUUCUGACCAGCGCGGAGGUUCAGGCUCUGAUAGAAAGCACCGGACGCCGGGCCGUGCUGAAGGGCAUCGGAGGAUCAGAGAAAGACUUGGGUGCGGCGGUGGCCAUGCUGUCUGGCGUAGGAAAGAUUCAGGGAGUGGUGCGUUUCCUCCAGCUGUCUGCGGAGAGUUGCUUGAUCGAUGGGACCGUCGACGGGUUGGAGCCUGGACCCCACGGCAUCCAUGUCCACACCCUGGGAGACCUCACAAAGGACUGCCUCAGUUGCGGAGAGCACUAUAACCCCUUCGGAAGACAACACGGUGGUCCGGAAGACUCUGAAAGGCAUGUAGGUGAUCUGGGAAAUAUCAUUGCCGGACCAGAUGGCAGAGCCUCAUUUAGACUAGAAGACAGUCAGCUAAAGGUAUGGGAUGUGAUUGGCCGUUCGCUGGUAGUGGACGCGGAGGAGGACGACCUGGGUCGAGGCGCUCACCCCCUCUCCAAAAAGACCGGAAACUCUGGAGAGAGGCUGGCAUGCGGCAUCAUCGCCAGAUCAUCGGGCCUUUUCCAAAACCCCAAGCAGAUCUGUGCCUGCGACGGGGUCACGCUGUGGGAGGAGAGAGACAGACCGAUAGCCGGGAAAGGUCGAAACAAGGCAAAAACAGAGACGCCGGCAGCGCACCUCUGAACAGCCGGAUCUGUGACUUUUCGUGUUAACGAUCUGCGUCCGGCGGGUUGAACGGAAAGAGCUUCUUGAAGAGAAACGAGAGAGGACUGUUUGUUGACAGCGGUAGAGACAGUUGAGAGAGUCAGAGCUGAAGCGAGGAAGACGAAAGCACAGACGAAUGUGUUGCCAGACAGCUGGACGGAUGACCAAAGAAAGAUUUUUUUUUUCCUUUUUCAAUGAUAAAAACAAAAGCUCUUACAGUUACAGUUAGUGUCCGUGGAGGGUUGUAAAAGCACUAAAGCAGAUUAAAACAGCCCGGGACUUUAUAAAUGUCACCUGAUUAGCUAGAUCUCCGUUAACGCUGCUAAAUGUUUGCUUAACCAGUCGACUCUGACACAACUGUCUCAUCAUGGUUUAAAAUGAUGCACUUGUAAGAUUUGAGAUAUUAGUUUCGACUGUGCACUGGCUGAGAUAAAUGCCCUUUAAUUUGCCAUUAAAAUGUCUUAAGAUAAUUAUGCAAACUUCCUAAAAGCACUUAUAGUAAAAAACUAACAAACAUCACAUCGGUAACAUCCUGCUGCUCUCACAUCACAUUAAACAUUGUGCAUUAGCUCAGCUUAUUUGAAAAGAUAGAGAUUAUGAUUUGGUAAACAUACAACAUACAAAUGAGAUUACAACAUUGUGUGAUUCUAAACUUUAUUAUAUUUACUGUUACAACAACUAGAAACCUUCUCGCUAACAUAGACCGACUACACAAACACACCUCAGUUUCCCACCAACUUUAGUCAUUUGUAAUAUGUAUUUUGAUUGAGAAUGUAUAAAAAAAACUAGUUUAAAAGCUAACAGAAAGGUUGAAAUAGGCUUAAAGACAUAUUAGAUAAAUGGUUUUAAUGACCAGCUUCGCCACCUCCAAGUGGUAAUAAACAACGUGUCACAACCUGGCUCAACACUGGACAAAGUAGGGGCGACCACACAUGAGUAAUUUAUUGUAGAUAGUUUAUUGUACAUAACUAAAGACCAAUCAACCAAACAGGGUCAUCACACUAUGAAUAUAUAGUCGUAUGGAGAGCUUGACCAAACCUUCUGACUAAACCUAAACACGUGCACUUCCGGGAUCACAGGUUUACAUGUGAACCCACCACAGUGUGUUAUCUGAAGCUAUUCCACCUAUUAAAGAAGUACAAUAAACUCAACGACCGAACAUAUAGACGUCAUCUGCACCCACCACCACUGCCACCGUUAUCACCGUUCCUGCCUCAGUGUGUUCAUUAUAAAUCCAUAAGGUGGGGUGAGUGACUUGGGUAAGAGAGAUUAGAAAAAGCUUGGGAGAGAGAGUCAAAUUCCAUCUAGAGUGAAAGGGCAAAAGUUUGAGAGGGGUGGGGGAUGGGGGGGGGUUUGAAGGAUUGUGUGCUCAGCUGUUUUUUUUUUUUUUCCAACAUGGAGUGUGUGUAUAGAGUUCUUUAUGGUUGCUGUGGCCGACUUUACAGCCACACAAUGCUUGAAUGUGACAUUUUCUUGUAAAUCAUAAUCAUAAAUCCUUUUGAUUACUGAGAUUGUGCUUUGGUGAUUCAAGUUUUAAUAUAACGUACAAAAACUUCUA